AUGCCCACACACUCCCGCGACCGCAGGUCAUCCGACACCCAGCACCGCGACUCGAAGCAACGACAAGAACUCUUGCGCCAAGUCGGCCGUGCAGCACUGGCAUACUGCGUGCAAAGGAUGAGCCAUCAAGACGCACCCGACAGUGAUCCCAGCCACAGAGAUCGCCGAAGAUCAAGCCGCAGCCAGAACCGAGACGCUUUCACUUCAGCCUCCGGUUCUGCGCGCCAAAGCGAAACCACCUGCGACCUGCCCCUACCACCGCCGGCGAGAGGCGACAGCGAUUUGCACAACGUCCUAAGCCAGGUCGUGGCAGGCCUGUUUUCCCUUGGCCUCCGCCAGCUCAUGCAUCGCACGCGUGAAGCGCGACGCCGGCGCCGGCGGCAGCAGCAGCAGCAGCAAGCCCAGGCAUCCUCGUCCUCCUCCGCGCGUGUGGACAACUCGAACUUGAACUCAGGGCAGCGCGGAGCCGGUGAGCAGGUUGACCCGGAGCUGUCCGUUGCUCUGGGCAGUGUCACGCGCGAGCUGCAGGCCGCGGCCGACUCGAUCCGGCGUCUGGCGCAUACUAGUACCUCGGGGCCGGGGGAGCUUCACCAUCGGAAUUGUGCGGUGCGGGCGGCGCUGGUUGCGGAUGCGGAUCGGUUGCUGAGGGUGUUGGAGGAGGUGCAGGCGGGGGUGAAUAAUAUGAGGAAUUUACAUCCUGGGCUGCGGGCGAGGCCGGGUACGGGCCGGGGUGAAAGUCAGGGGCGGGGGCAAGGCCGGGGUUUCGACGGAGCGGGAGCGAGAUCGGGCGGGCGGCGGGCGAGGGUGAGGAACAUCUUUACGGACGACCAGAAUCCCCCGGCCAUAUCUACUGAGUAA